AUGUCUUCUAGGGCCAGCCUGAACACCCUGCAGCACCUGGUGGGGCAGCUCAAGCUGGAGGCUGGCGUGGAAACUUCCAAGGUCUCCCUGGCGGCAACAGAGCUUCAACAGUACUGCAUGCAGAACGCCUGCAACAACGCCCUGCUGGUCAUCGUUCCAGCUGGAAGCAACCCCUUCCCGGAGCCCAGAUCCUGCGCUUUACUCUGAAGACUGAGCUGUAAUUUGCUGCUUGGUUGUUGCUCUGAGGACCAGUGACUGCCCUGAGAAGACACUCCAUUCCUACCACCAGCUGUGAUUUCUUUCCCAAAAGCUUUCAAAACAUACCUCUGAGAUUUAAUGGAGGAAGAAAUGUAGCUCCUGGGGGAAACUUAUGGAAGACGUUCAUUGAGGAAUGCUUUCAACAGCAAUGCAACGAAUGCCUGCCUUCAAGUCUCAUGGAAACAUGUUUGGCCAGCCAAGCAACUUAGAUGUUUCAGACCUGUUCUGUGGCCCUAUAGCAAAAUUCUACAGAAAUUGACGUGUUUCUAUUCAAAUAAGGAAAUUGGGUGAAACCAUAGACUUUUAAGUAAUAAUGGUCUGGUUUGUGGUGAAGGGCCUCCCCUGGUGGUGCAGCGGUUGAGCGCUGGGUUGUGAGACUGCCCGCAGCCUCUGCAGCGCCAGUUAGAUCCCCGGCCACUGGCGAGGGUCCCACAAAAAAAAAAAAAAAUAAAGAAAAACACAACCCAAUUUCUAAGUGAAGACAAGCAAGUAAAAUUAGGGGAAGAGUCCCUACAACAUAGUGUUGAGAAUGGAGGAAAAGAUAGAGCUGUUGGAGGCUGGGAUGGCUCUCCACACCGCUGCUGAACAGUCCUGUCAUCUUUCCUGGAUCUAUUUGCAACAGUCUGGCUCAGGAUGCACCCAAAUCAUGGUAAAACAAGUGAUGCUGUAGAAGAAUCUUAACUCUUUGGAAUGGUCUGUCGCAACUGCAGAGGAAGACUAUGGUGUAGGAAUUUUUCUUUAAAUGUGCAAAUACGCUAAGUUAUA